CGCUCACAUCCGCUUGACUCGCUAUCUGUGUUGGAAAAAGGACUUGGUGAAACUGCAGCGAUGUCAGUCCAGGUUGUGGCAGCGAAAAUGGCAGAGGUCGAACUCAAAGACGUCCCCACCGGCAAAGACUUACCGGCUGCAUCUCCGAUGACACCGACGUCGGACGGCAAGAGUCUCGGCAGGAUCGACCCGCACGAGGCCGGUUCCUCUGCCGCUGUGUCCCCUACAGCGGAGCCCUCCGCGAAAGCCGGGGAAGGCAGCCUGGGCUUGCUCACCCCGAACACCGCGAAGAUGCCGCAGGCGUCGGCUAUGAAGCGGUCGGACCCUCAGCAGAACGGCGGAGAGGCUUUUGUCAACCGUGACGGUACCGUCGCCGAGGCUCCGCGGAUGAAAAAGAUCCAGUUUGCCGACCAGAAACAGGAAUUCAACAAGCGUCCCUCCAAGAUUGGCCGGCGCUCUCUCUCCCGCUCCAUCUCCCAGUCCUCCACAGACAGCUACAGCUCAGCGGCGUCAUACACGGACAGCUCUGACGAUGAGACGUCUCCUCGGGACAAACAGCAGAAGAACUCCAAGGGCAACGGAGACUUCUGCAUCAAAAACAUCAAACAGGCCGACUUCGGCCGCAGAGAGAUCGAGAUCGCAGAGCAAGAGAUGCCAGCCCUGAUGGCCCUGAGGAAGCGAGCCCAGGGGGAGAAACCCCUUGCCGGUGCCAAGGUGGUGGGCUGCACCCACAUCACUGCCCAGACUGCUGUACUGAUGGAGACUCUGUCAGCUUUGGGGGCUCAGUGCAGAUGGGCAGCCUGCAACAUCUACUCCACCCAGAAUGAAGUGGCAGCUGCUCUGGCAGAGGGAGGUUUCAGCGUAUUUGCAUGGAAGGGCGAGUCGGAGGACGACUUCUGGUGGUGCAUCGAUCGCUGUGUCAACGUGGAGGGCUGGCAACCCAACAUGAUCUUGGAUGAUGGUGGAGACCUGACUCACUGGAUUUAUAAAAAAUACCCCAACAUGUUCAAGAAGAUCAAGGGCAUUGUGGAGGAGAGCGUCACCGGUGUGCACAGGUUGUACCAGCUGUCUAAGGCAGGGAAGCUGUGUGUCCCAGCCAUGAACGUGAAUGACUCUGUGACCAAGCAGAAGUUUGACAACCUCUACUGCUGCAGGGAGUCCAUCUUGGACGGCCUGAAGAGAACCACUGAUGUCAUGUUUGGAGGCAAACAGGUGGUGGUGUGUGGAUAUGGAGAGGUUGGAAAAGGCUGCUGUGCUGCCCUGAAAGCAAUGGGCUCCAUCGUCUACGUCACAGAGAUCGACCCUAUCUGUGCCUUGCAGGCCUGCAUGGACGGCUUCAGGCUGGUGAAGCUGAAUGAAGUCAUCAGACAAGUGGACAUCGUCAUCACCUGCACAGGCAAUAAGAACGUGGUGGUGAGAGAGUACCUGGACCGCAUGAAGAACGGCUGCAUCGUCUGCAACAUGGGACACUCCAACACUGAGAUCGAUGUGGCGAGCCUGCGGACCCCUGAGCUGACCUGGGAGAGGGUGCGCUCUCAGGUGGACCACGUCAUCUGGCCAGAUGGCAAGAGGAUAGUGCUGCUGGCUGAGGGUCGCCUGCUGAACCUCAGCUGUUCCACUGUGCCCACUUUUGUUCUCUCCAUCACCGCCACUACCCAGGCUCUGGCUCUGAUAGAGCUGUACAAUGCCCCAGAGGGACGCUACAAGCAGGAUGUUUACCUGCUGCCCAAAAAGAUGGAUGAGUAUGUGGCCAGCCUACAUCUGCCUACGUUCGAUGCACAUCUGACAGAGCUGACCGACGAGCAGGCCAAGUAUCUGGGCUUGAACAAGAAUGGGCCCUUUAAGCCAAACUACUAUAGGUAUUAAACCAGUGUUGGGGUUGGACUUUGACCAAAUACCAAUACUCCAUGAAUCGCACAGACUCACAGAGGGAGAGGAGGAGGAUGAGGAAGACAGAACGGCAGGACAAAAAAGUUCAACACACCUGCUUUAUA